UACGAAGCAAGGUUGGUCAUGUGUGAGUGAUGCGCACGAGAAAGAUCGAUAGAGAGAAAUAGAGAAGAAGAUGGGGACUGUGUCCCAAGAACCUCCGCCUCUCAUCCAGGACCUGAAGGUCACCGUCCACGACACAUCUCUGGUGUUCCCGUCCGAGCACAUCCCCAACAAGCCCUUCUUCAUGUCCAACAUUGACAAGGUCCUCAACUUCGACGUCCAGACCAUCCACUUCUUCCCUGUCCACGUCGAGUUCCCCCCCGACAAGGUGGCCGAGAGGCUGAAGGCCGCGCUCGCCGAGAUCUUGGUGCAUUACGAGUUCUUGAGUGGACGGCUCAAGUUCAACGCCGCGAGUGGGCGGUUGGAGAUUGAGUGCAACUCGGAAGGGGUCGGGUUUGUGGUGGCGUCGAGCGAGUGCAGCCUGGACGAUGUCGGGGACUUGGUUUAUCCGAACCCGGCCUUCGAGCGGUUGGUCACCAAGUCUUUGGACAUUCUUCAACCUGACAAUCAGCCCUUGUGCAUAGUCCAGGUGACAUCGUUCACGUGCGGGGGAUUCGCAAUGGGGGUAUCGACCAAUCACGCGACCUUCGACGGGUUGAGCUUCAAGAUGUUCUUGCAAAACCUGGGCGCACUCGCCGCCGACAAGCCCCUGGUGGUGGAUCCCUGCAAUGACAGGCGGCUCCUGGCUGCCCGGUCGCCGCCGCUCGUCUCGUUCCCACACCCAGAGCUGCUCAAGCUUGAUGUCCCCAAGGGCCAAGACUCCUCGCGUCCCCUCGUGUUCAAGGACGCCCCCGAGGACCUGGACUUCAAGAUCUUCAAGCUCUCUCCCGAGGACAUUGCCCGUCUCAAGGAGAAGGCCGCCAAGGAUGCUGCAGGUGGCGGCCUGGAAUCAUCCUAUCCCAAGGCUCGCAUCACCAGCUUCAAUGUCGUGACCGCCCACAUAUGGAGGUGCAAGGCCCUGUCGUCGUGUGCUGACGCCGACGACGGCAGUAGUAAGAGCCGAGCAUCGACCCUGCUGUAUGCAGUGGACAUAAGGCCGAGGCUGGAGCCCCCGCUGCCGCAGGGUUACGCGGGGAAUGCGGUGCUGACGGCGUACGUGACAGCAACGUGCGGGGAGCUAGAGGAAUGGCCGCUGGGGAGGCUGGUAGAGAUGGUGACGGAGGGGGCGGGGAGGAUGACGGACGAGUACGCGAGGUCAGCCAUUGACUGGGGGGAAGUAAACGUCGGGUUCCCACAUGGGGAGGUGCUGGUGUCGUCGUGGUGGAGGCUCGGGUUUGCCGACGUGGAGUACCCGUGGGGGAGGCCGAGGUACAGCUGCCCACUGGUGUACCACCGCAAGGACAUCAUCUUGCUCUUCCCGGACAUGAUCACGACUAGCCAGAACAGCGGCGACGGCGUUAAUGUUUUGGUCGCCCUGCCCGCCCCAGAGAUGGCCAAGUUCCAGUCCCUGUUCCACAAGUUCUUGGCCUGAGACGAUCCAUCACCUUAAUUUACCUUAUUCACAUCUAUAUAGAUAUAGAUGCACGUUGGGAGGGUUUGGUACGUACGUAAAUAUAUGCAGAUACAGAUGAGCAUGUGUGGAUUUUAUCUGCGGAUGUACACAUGCAAGUAUCGUAUAUGAACGUCGAGCGCACAAAAUCAGCGCAUCUCUCACUCAUCAAUGUAGGUGAGAGCUAGAAGUGUGCUGCCUUAUUUGAUUAUAUGUUCGUAUGUGUCGACUCUUGGAUCCAUGGGGUUUUGCUUAUCUUCGAUCUUCAGUGCAAGGUUAAUAUUUUAGAA